ACUACUGCCACCCAAAUUUACUGCUGUGCAGCUGCCCCCAAAGAUUCCCCUCAACAAUGCAAAAACCCUAACCCUAAUAAUAACCCAAGCGCCCAACAACAAAAAGCCACAAAACUUACAAAACCCAACCCAACCCCCCCUCCUACUGAUUCCUCAAAGUUUUUCCCAGACAUAUUCCCUCUCUUAUUCCAUACGAAACCCUUGAGAUCUCCUCCUCUUCGAGGGGAAAAAAAAAGAAAAAAAAGUCCUCUCUUUUUUAAACCGAGCGGGCAGAAAAUGCCGACUACUCUCAACUCGAUCAUGGCGAGGUCACCAGCGCCAACGAGCGGCGCGGCGGCGGAGAGAGCUCGCGCGCGAAGAACAGAGAAGCGUACGCGGCGGCCGGGGCCACCUCGGAGCUGCGGCGGCGGCGGAGAUGAGGAGCGCGACGAGGCCGGAGGUCGUCGGUGGUACGUGUACGGCCUCUGCACUUACUUCGUGCAGGUCUUUCUGCUGCCCGUUCUUUUUCCUCUCAUGGUGGCUCAGCGGGCCUCUCCGGCGUCGGGGAUGCCUCCUCCGCGGCCGUCACCGUCGCCAGCCGUCGCCUGCCACCGAAAUGGGACCCUCUUGUACCAAAUGGUUGUCCACCGUUCAAUCCAUGUAACUGAUUCAAGACUGUCACCUCUCCACUGGACAGCGAUAUCGUGGUUCGCUGGAAUAAUCAUCACCGCUCCGGUCCUCCCUAGAGUAGCCCAGCAACUCGACCACGGCUACCACCAGCCCUUCAUCCUCGGUGCUGCCACAGCAAUAGGUUCCUUCAUCUGCCUCCUCACCGGUUUCUUCAAGACCACAUGGCUUUUCCCUUUCUACAUCGCCAUCGUCACCAUGACCAUCACUUGCGCUUCUGCAGUCCACACGCGCCACCUUGGCCUCAUUGUCCGUGGCCUCUCUGGUGAUCAAAGGGUUCAACAGCGGCGAAAGCCCCUUAUAAGCUCCAGUAUGUCCUUAUUUGCAACAUCAUUUGGCAGUUUCGGGACUGCAUUUAUCGCACUCUUCACAUUUCACAUGCUGCGUCGUACUGAUCACCUGACCAGCUUGUGGGUAGUCUCCAUCUUCUGUGGUCUCAAAUGGUUCUUGGGGUUCACUGAGACCUUCUUUGCUAACAGACCAGGCUCACCCUCUGCUUCUCUUACCCUGGUAUCUAACUACUGGCCUCAGCUUGUAGGCCGCCUCAUUGGCGUAUUUCUCUCGUCGGUCUCUUCGACUUGUAUUUUCACAAGUGCGACGCUCUAUUUAGUGGGCGGUCUCUGUAUGAAGCCGGUGUUGGUGUUGGCUAUCUGGAUGGUCUACUUUGUGUUUGCUGCAGUUGCUCUUCCUACGUUGCACCCAAUUCAGCUCUUGCUACGUGCUGACCCUGUUAAAAUGAAUCUACUAGGGUUUAUAUUAUCUGCAACUGCGUCGGGGUUUGGAUUCUACUUCAAGGAUCACCGUAAAUGGCACUUUGCUUCUGUACUCUUGAUAGCGAUCGUACAGAGCGCAGGUGCGGGGAUUCUUAACGCAUUUGGUAGGGUUAUGGUUCUUGAUCGUGCCCCGACAGGCAAAGAAGGUGUUUUUUCUUCUUGGUACGAGUGGGUGAAGAUGAGCGGUGCCUGUGCUGGCUUUGCGUUGGCUGCGGUUUACCCUGACAAUAUAAGAAAAACUUUCGGGGUUUCGUUCUUGGCUGUGUUUGUGGGCAUCGUCGUGUUGAUCUUUGGGAGCGAGGUGAGGGAUUUUGGGGGGAAAAGGCUGCAGCAUGAGAAGGAGAGUGAGUCCUCUGAUAAUGGAAUGGAGAAGAAGGGAGAUCAGAGCAAGGAGUACAUUGGGGAGAGGGAAGGCAAGCUAGGUGAGGCAAGUGUGCAAGUCUGACUCUUUUUAAGCUGAAAAUUUCUCUGAAGUGUUUGGUGCUGUCUACUGCUUUUCUUGAUUUGUUGUGGUUUUGUAUCAUUUAUUGCUAUUUUUUCUAAUUAAGGUCUUCUUCACGCAUGAAACUCUGUUGUAAAUGAAGCAGAUCACCAUAUAAUUUUGCUUAACCUUGUGACCUGACUUAUUAAUCAAACAUUCUGUUGUUGGUGUUGGUGUGUUAAUUUCUAUACGGAAUCUCCAGGACUUUGUUUUGUUA